GUCGUGGAUGACGUGUCGGGGGCGGAGCCGAGAUACUGCGAUGGCCGCAGAGGUGUUGGGAGCUUGGAACGUGUGAGGCUGACAGUAGCAGGCGGCGGCCCGUGCAAGGGAGGCCAAGGACGGGACAUUCGCCCGGCCUGACCUGUAAACUGACAUGGCCACAGCCUCACCACGGCCUGCUAACAGAAACACCCAUCAUGAAGGUUUACAGCUGAAAGUGACAGUGUCCAGUGCCAAACUGAAAAGAAAGAAAAAUUGGUUUGGAACAGUCUUUACGGAGUUGCUUGUUGAUGGAGAAACAAAGAAGACGUCAAAAUCAAACAGCUCAAGUAAUCCAAAAUGGAAUGAACAGUUAACUGUGAACGUAACACCGCAAACCAUACUUGAAUUUAAAGUGUGGAGCCACCAUUCUUUGAAAGCUGAUGCGUUGCUUGGCAAAUCUACCAUAGACUUAAAGCAAGCCUUGGAAACCAAUAACCGAAAAUUGGAAAAAGUAAAAGAGCAACUAAAACUUUCUGUGGAUGGUAAACACGGCACUGUACAGACUGGAGAGCUUAUUGUUGUUUUAGAUGGUUUGAUUGUAGAGCCUGAAUCCCCCUCAGCAUGCAGCUCAACAGCCAGAAUAAUUCAGCAAAAUGGUGACGCUAUACAUGAGAAUGGUCGGGAAAUGUCUUCAGAGGCCAGAACAGGAUCUACUGGAGACGUUCCCAAUGGGACAGCUAGUGAAAUAGCAUCCGGCUACAUAGAGCAGAAUGCCUUUAAUGCACAAAUAGCAAAUGGAGAAAGUACUCACUCUCCGACUCUUGUUGCGGCCAGACCCAAAAAUACACCAGCACCAAAUCCACUUACUGCCCCUGCUGGCAACAGAACUGUUAACGGCACAGCUGCUGCAUCUGAAGCAAGUAGCACAUCUUCCCAUGAAGCUUUAGCAGCUCCUGCAGGAGCCCUCAUAUCAGAUUGCACGGACAUUACGAAUGAUACAGCAGGCAUACAAGCAGCUAAUCCUACGGAGACCAGCACAUCUGCAGCAAACAGCACUGCCAGCCCUCUCUCCGAACCUGUAAGGGCUACAGACUCUGUCAUAUCAUCUGCUGCUGGCAGCACGACCCCAGAAGCUUCUAAACCCAGGCAGUCGUCCUCUUCAACCUCAGCGGAUCCUGUAAGACAGCAGCCCAGCUCCACUGCAGAGCCAUUACCACCUGGAUGGGAACAACGAAAGGAUCCCCAUGGUAGAACCUAUUACGUUGAUCAUAACACAAGGACUACUACAUGGGAACGUCCGCAGCCGUUACCACCAGGGUGGGAAAGAAGAGUCGAUGAUCGAGGGAGGGUAUAUUAUGUUGACCAUAAUACAAGAACAACAACAUGGCAGAGACCGACCAUGGAGUCCGUCAGAAAUUUUGAACAGUGGCAAUCGCAGCGCAACCAACUUCAGGGAGCUAUGCAGCAGUUCAACCAGAGAUACCUCUACUCGGCUUCAAUGUUAUCAGCAGAAAAUGAUCCUCUAGGACCUUUACCGCCAGGAUGGGAAAGAAGAGUAGAUUCUACAGAUAGAGUUUAUUUUGUAAAUCACAACACAAAAACAACACAGUGGGAAGACCCUCGAACACAGGGUUUGCAGAAUGAAGAUCCAUUGCCAGAGGGUUGGGAGAUCCGGUACACGAGAGAGGGAGUAAAGUACUUUGUAGAUCACAACACGAAGACCACUACUUUUAAUGAUCCCAGGACUGGAAAGUCAUCUGUAACAAAAGGUCCACAGAUUGCAUACGAACGCAGUUUUCGGUGGAAGUUGGCUCAUUUUCGCUACUUGUGUCAGUCCAAUGCUUUGCCAAGCCACGUAAAGAUUACCGUAUCAAGGCAAACACUCUUUGAGGAUUCUUUUCAACAGAUUAUGGCAUUAAAACCAUAUGACUUAAGAAGGCGACUAUACGUCAUGUUUAGAGGUGAAGAAGGUUUAGAUUACGGAGGCUUGGCAAGAGAGUGGUUUUUCUUACUUUCCCAUGAAGUGCUAAACCCAAUGUACUGCUUGUUUGAGUAUGCAGGGAAGAGCAACUAUUGUCUGCAGAUCAAUCCUGCAUCAACAAUUAAUCCAGAUCACCUCUCCUAUUUCUGUUUUAUUGGACGCUUUAUUGCAAUGGCAUUGUUCCAUGGCAAGUUCAUCGACACGGGCUUCUCACUUCCUUUCUACAAGCGAAUGUUAAGCAAAAAACUUACCAUCAAAGAUCUGGAAUCUAUUGAUCCUGAAUUCUAUAACUCAUUAAUAUGGAUCAGGGACAAUAACAUUGAGGAGUGUAAUCUAGAGAUGUACUUUUCUGUAGACAUGGAAAUACUGGGAAAAGUCACAUCUCAUGAUCUCAAACCGGAAGGUGCCAACAUUCUGGUUACAGAGGAGAACAAGGAAGAAUAUAUUGGUUUAAUGGCUGAAUGGAGAUUUUCACGUGGAGUAGAAGAACAAACCAAAGCAUUUCUCGAUGGCUUUAAUGCAGUCGUCCCUCUACAGUGGCUACAGUAUUUUGAUGAAAAAGAGUUAGAGGUAAUGCUCUGCGGUAUGCAGGAAGUGGACUUGUCCGACUGGCAGAGGAAUACUGUUUAUCGGCAUUAUACAAGAAAUAGCAAACAAAUCAUGUGGUUCUGGCAGUUUGUCAAAGAAAUGGACAAUGAGGUCCGGUUGCGAUUGCUGCAGUUUGUUACCGGCACUUGCAGGCUACCUCUGGGAGGUUUUGCAGAGCUGAUGGGAAGCAAUGGUCCACAGAAAUUCUGCAUUGAGAAAGUUGGCAAAGAAACUUGGCUUCCUAGAAGUCAUACAUGUUUUAAUCGCCUGGAUUUACCACCAUAUAAAAGCUUUGAACAGUUGAAAGAAAAGCUCCUUUUUGCAAUUGAAGAAACAGAAGGUUUUGGCCAAGAAUAAAACAGCUGCUGUGGAUAAGAGAACGUGUUAUGGACGUGUGUUUUAUGCCCAGCCAAGAAUAAUUGCACACUCUUAUUGUAUAUAUGCUCUUUAGUCUGUACAGUGAUCUAAUGCGUAGAUAUUUCUGUUCUUCCACCUAGAUAUGCAAAACAAUUUAGUCUUUUCUAUUUUUUAUUUAUUUCCCCAUUUCAAAUGACUGAAUAGAAAAAGAAACUUUAAUUUUAAAUGCUGACUGAAAACUUUAUUUUAAAAUUUAUAUAUGUAUGUACUGCAAACUCUAGUUUUAUAGAGUUUUAAAUAUAAGAAACAUCAGCCAUUUGAGAAGGCCUGGAAUUGCUUUAUCAGAAAAAUACAAACUGCAAAAAAAAAUACAUGUUCUCUUAUAUAGAACAUCUUAAACACAAAUGUUUAUUGCAUGGCUGCCACCAUAAAGGUGUUGAAGGCUAAUGCCAAAAACUUUGAUUAUACAAUAAAAUAAUUGCUGCUGGCUUUUUACAAUGGCAGAAUAUGCACAAUUCUGUCUUUCAUUUAUUCUUUUGAAUGGUGCAAAUGUAGCGAAGGCCUCGGGGGUUACCGCAAAUUGCAAUGGUAGUUGCGUAUGAUUCUUAAUAAUUGUAGAAACCGAGAAUCUUGCGGCAAUCUGCUUUGGAAUAUAGAGAGUAUUCAUGAAGGAUCAAUGUGGUGCCGCUGACAAGCUUUUAUUUACAGGACAAAUGAAAGACUAACGUUAAUACCUGGACUAUGUUGCAAUCAUUGCAAAACAAGAAUAUGAAUAAACCUUUUUUUAAUCUG